GAUUGCUAUAUAAGUAGGUAGCAAAUGCUCUGAUCGUUUAUUGUGUUUUUAAACGUGAAGUAGUGAACGUGAAAUUUUGUGAAACCCAAAUGGCUCGUACCAAGCAAACUGCACGCAAAUCGACUGGUGGAAAAGCACCACGCAAACAACUGGCUACAAAGGCCGUUCGCAAGAGUGCUCCAGCCACUGGAGGUGUGAAGAAGCCCCAUCGCUAUCGCCCUGGAACAGUGGCCUUGCGUGAAAUCCGUCGCUACCAAAAGAGCACCGAGCUUCUAAUCCGGAAGCUGCCUUUCCAGCGUCUGGUGCGUGAAAUCGCUCAGGACUUUAAGACGGACUUGCGAUUCCAGAGCUCGGCGGUUAUGGCUCUGCAGGAAGCUAGCGAAGCCUACCUAGUUGGUCUCUUCGAAGAUACCAACUUGUGUGCCAUUCAUACCAAGCGUGUCACCAUUAUGCCCAAAGACAUCCAGUUAGCGCGACGCAUUCGCGGUUAGCGUGCUUAAGCUGACAGGGCAUCAACUUGCAGUGUAGUACUCCAUAAUCGGUCCUUUUCAGGACCACAAA